AUGGGUGGAGCGCGGUGUGGAAGAAGGCCGUGCCUGGGCGGGACCGGGAGAGGCCAGUUCCGCCUCUCCAUGCCCGGCGCUGCUGGUCACGGUCGCUGCCCGGUGGCAAUGGCGGGGGCGGCGGCGGGGCGGUGCCGGGCUCGGUGCGGGCGGUGGGCAGGGGGGUGGGUUCCGUGCGCGGCGCUGGCGCUGGGCUGGGCGAUGGGGUGGGCGCUGGAAGCGGUGCCCCCCCACCGCUGCCUCCCGGACCCCUCGCUCCUGCCGCCGCCGCUCCGCCGCCUCCCGGCUCCCGCGAUGCUCCGAGCCGCCGUCCCGUGGCUCCGUGGGGGCUGGAGCCCGUGUCAGCUCUACCGGUACCGGGACACCGGCACCGGCACCGGACGGCCCAACGGCACCGGGCCCUGCACUCGCGGCUGGCACUACGCGCUGCCCGCCGCCGGCCUCCGCCACAACAUCGUCACACAGUGGGACCUGGUGUGUUCCUCGCGCUGGAAGGUGCCCCUAGAGCAGACCACGCACUUGCUGGGCUGGACGCUGGGCAGCAUUGCGGCCGGCCUGGCCUGUGACAGGUUUGGUCGCCGACCUGCCUUCAUGAUGUCCCUGGUGCUGGCGGUGCCCCUGGGCCUUGCUGUGGCGCUGGCCGUCAGCUUCCUCAUGGUCCUGGUUGCGCGGCUGUUCUUUGGGGCAGCACUGGCAGGAGCCUUCUUGUCCCUCUAUGUGGCUCGACUGGAGCUGUGUGACCCCCCACACCGGCUGGAGGUGACGAUGGUGGCCGGUUUCUUCUGGAUCGCUGGGGAGCUGCUGCUGCCGGGGCUGGCAGUGCUGUGCCGGGACUGGCGGGUGCUGCAGGGUGCUGUCACCAUGAUCUUGGCUCUGCUGGCUGCCUGCUGGUGGUGCCCGGCGCUGCUGCUGGAGUCACCACGCUGGCUGCUGGCCACAAAGCAGCUGGAGAGGGCCAGGAAGAUCCUGCAGGCACUGGCCGAUCACGGCGGCCCCAGCUCUGACGAUGGCUCCUGCCACCAUGAGAGUCUCCUCGCGGAGCUGGAGAGCCUGUCUGAGGGGUGCCCGCAGCCCCGGUACCACGCUGUCUGCGAGAUCUUCAGCACCAGGGUCAUCUGGAAGAACGGCGUCAUCCUCGGCUUCGCAGCGUUCAUUGGCUCUGGCAUCCGCCACUGCUUCACCCGCAACCUGGCUCCGCACCUGCCCCGCUUCUUCUCCUCCUACUUCGUGCUGCUGGGCACGGAGGUGGCCGCCUGCCUCUUCAUCUGUGUGACAGCCGAGCGCUUCGGCCGCCGAGCCAUCCUACUGCUCUGCACUGUCCUCACCGGCAUCUCCUCCCUCUUGCUGCUGGCCCUCACACAGUACCUGCUGGACCUCAUUGUCCUGACCCUGUCUGUCGUGGGCAUCACUGCUUCCCAUGCUGUCACCAUGCUCAGCAUCUUCUUUGCCAGUGAGGUUCUCCCAACUGUGGUCAGAGGUGCUGGGCUGGGUCUCAUCGUGGGGACCAGCUUCGUGGGCAAGGCUGCUGCCCCCAUCACUGCCAUCCCCAACAGCCGUGGCUUCUUCCUGCACCACGUGGUCUUCGCCUCUUUCGCCAUCCUCUCUGUCCUCAGCAUCAUGCUGCUGCCCGAGAGCCAGGGCCGCAGCCUGCCCCAGUCCCUCCAGGAUGGGGAGAGCCAACACCGGCCCCCCCUCUUCCACCGGCCUCCCCGUGAGGACCACCUCCCCCUGCUCGACCCCCAAGGCAUCCCCCACGACUACUCACGCCUCACCACCUCCACCAAAAGGCUGCUGGGCUCACCUGCCACCCCCGGUGACACAUAG